GGUCAUCAGAAAUAUUGUUGUUAUUAUAUUCCUUAUCAACUGUGGAACUUGGUUGUCUGUCGUCUGAUAAUAAAUUGAUAUUUGAAAUCUGAAUUCAGAAUUUCCGUAUGUCGAGGUUCUACUCCGUUCUAGUAUUCUACUACUCUAGUUUAUACUUUUAUGGUUUUAUUUAAGAAUAAUAUUGGUCAUACUCCUCCUUGUAUGUUUCGACUAUGAUCAUGCGUAAUAUCGGUGUUCUCGGUAGUUUGCUGGCCAAUCGUUCGUUUUAUACGAACAAAUCAAAUGUGUUGGUGUACAAUUGUAAAACCAAGACUAAAGAACCAUUGAAAUGUAACAAGCUUCUGACAUGGUACGUGUGUGGUCCCACAGUAUAUGACUCAAUGCAUAUUGGGCACGCAAGCUGUUAUGUUAAGUUUGACAUUAUCAGAAGAAUUUUGGAGAACUAUUUUCAACUGUCUGUAUUUCAAGUAAUGAACAUCACCAAUGUGGACGAUAAAAUUAUUUCAAAAGCACGUGCCUUAAACAUAGACCCACUUCAAUUAGCAAGGAACUACGAAGUAGAAUUUAUUGAAGAUAUAAAUUUGUUAAACAUUAAACAACCAGAUAUUAUAGCAAGAGUGACUGAUUUUAUUCCUCAAGUCUUAAAUUUUAUUCAAAACCUAUUUGAUAAAGAUCUAGUCUAUUCUGCAGACGAUGGUUCAUUGUUCUUUGAUACAACUAAGUAUAAAAGAUAUGGAAAAAUGGUUAAGGUGCCUGAAGUUGUACCCCAUAUGUUCAAAAAAAGUAACUUAGAUUUUGCACUGUGGAAAGCAACAAAACCAGGUGAACCUUCAUGGGAUUCGUCUUGGGGACCUGGAAGACCGGGAUGGCACAUUGAAUGUUCUGCUAUUGCUAGUCAUUAUUUUGGAUCCAGUGUUGACAUACAUUCUGGAGGAAUAGAUUUGGUAUUUCCACAUCAUGAAAAUGAAGAAGCUCAAUGCUGUGCAUAUCAUAAUGUUGAUGAUUGGGUUAAACAUUGGAUACAUACAGGGCAUUUACAUGUAGGAGAUAAUAUUAAAAUGUCAAAAUCGUUAAUGAACACCAUCAGUGUUAAAGAACUACUCAAUUCAUAUACUGCUAAUCAAUUUCGAACACUAUGUUUAUUAUCAAAUUUCAAAAAUGAUUUGGAAUUUAAUGAUAGUACAAUGGAUGUAGCCUGUGGAGUGUUAAAAAAAUUGGAUUCUUUCAUCGCUAAUUGUUAUGCUCAUUUAAAUACUUACAACAGUAAGCAUAUUCCUGAUAUCACAAUACUAAAAAAAAUAAGUGACAUUGAAAAUGAUAUAUUAAUCAAUUUAGCAGAUAAU